AUGUCAUCUUUGCUUAGAGUACACUGUGCUAGGCCGUUACCACAAUGGUCGGUGGCGCUUUCUGCCGCUAGACAGAAAGCCAGACCCAUUCACUCUUCUGCUACAAACAGAGACUUCAUGUCGUGGUUCAAGAGGAAGAAGCAAGAAAAGCAUAAAGAGCCUGUAAAGGACACUAAACAGUUAAUAAAAGAUAUUGAAGAGGGCAAGGCCGAAGCUUCCUCCCAGUCCUCCUUCAAAAGCAAGAAUAGGCUGGAAUUAAUACCUGAGAAUUUUAUUGGCGAAGGAUCUGGACGGAAUAAGAGACAGAAGGAGUUGAAGCAUGCUGUCUCCACCGCUCCCUUCAACCAAUGGUUAACCAGAAGUAAAAUCACUACAGAAAAUGAGUUAAAUGAUACGAUAUCGCAGGUAGCUAAAACAACACUGGGCAAAGAAGACGAAGACGUCCAAUUCCCUGAUUUGGUAGCUAAAUUUCAAUUUACCAAGCUUUUGCAAGCAAAAUCUGGUUAUCUAAUUCCUGAUUAUAAACUAACCACUUUAAAUACUCCCCUGCACUUUAAAAUAUAUAUUAAGGAGAAAAUAUUAGGACCUGUGAACAAUCCCAAAACCGCUUUCAAAGAAUCUGAGCCUAACGCUAUCCAUCCUUUUUCUGAUAACUACACCUCACCAAACAUUUUUGUGGUUGAAGACAUCUCUCUGAAAGAGCAAAAAAGUAAGUAUGAUACUAUUAUGAAAGAAAUUCAAAAGCUGGAAGAUGAGGCAACGAAAAAAGCUCUGGCAACAGCAAGAUCCGCCUAG